GAACAUUUACGCUAAUCUUGACGAAUCAGCGUCAACUCAAAGCUAGCAUACGCAUAUCCCUUCUUCUCCCCUUCACUAUAUAUAUACCUAACCCAAACUCUAACCAAUCAAUCGACAUUGUUUACAAUACGCAAAUCAAAAUCCAUACUGAUAUACCAUGGCUCUACCAAAUCAACAAACGGUUGAUUAUCCAAGCUUUAAGCUGGUGAUUGUUGGUGAUGGAGGAACAGGGAAGACUACUUUUGUGAAGAGGCAUCUAACUGGUGAAUUUGAGAAGAAGUAUGAACCUACUAUUGGAGUUGAAGUUCACCCAUUGGAUUUCUUCACAAACUGUGGAAAGAUUCGUUUCUAUUGCUGGGAUACUGCAGGGCAGGAGAAGUUUGGUGGUCUUCGUGAUGGAUACUACAUUCAUGGACAAUGUGCUAUUAUAAUGUUUGAUGUCACAGCUAGGCUCACUUACAAAAAUGUCCCUACAUGGCAUCGCGACCUUUGCAGGGUGUGUGAGAAUAUUCCGAUUGUUUUAUGUGGAAAUAAGGUGGAUGUGAAGAACAGACAAGUUAAAGCAAAGCAAGUUACAUUCCAUAGGAAGAAGAAUUUGCAGUACUAUGAAAUCUCUGCUAAAAGCAAUUACAACUUUGAGAAGCCAUUCUUGUACCUUGCCAGAAAGCUUGCUGGGGAUGCAAACCUUCAUUUUGUGGAGUCACCUGCCCUUGCUCCUCCAGAGGUCCAAAUUGAUUUGUUGGCCCAACAACAGCAUGAAGCGGAGCUUGCGCAGGCUGCCAACCAACCACUGCCUGAUGAUGAUGAUGAUGCAUUUGAUUAAGUGGUUCUUUAUGAUGAUUUAAAAUAGAAUAGUUUUUGUUUUUCUUUUAAAUGGAAGUUUUUGUACUUGUGAUCGAAUUUAAAAAUUCCUAAUAUUUCAUAUUUGCGUGAACAUUUUAUAUGUUUUUGAACGGGAAGUUAAGAGCAUUGGUGUUA